GAAAUAGGUGGUACUGUGUUUGGGCUGGUGAGGCGCCUCCGCAACCGCGCCUGCAUACCAGACAUAGUCUAACGCGGUGUGGAUGGAGGAGAAAGCACGCGAUCAAACCUUUCUGCAUGCAAGGUUUCGGACGCGAUCGGGAUCCAUGUUCCAAGAAUGAAGACUUAGGUUGGCAUGCCUCACCCUCAAGAUACGCACAAGAGCUAGCACAAGAUACUGUGCUGCAACCCUCGACACAACGCCCUCCUCCACCUUCUUAGUCUCCGUGCUCACAAAACCACAACGAAGCAACGCUACUCACCAACAAUCAAACGUCGCAUUAGAUCACACACAACCACAAUGAUACUACUAUUACAUAUUGCUGCUGUCUUGAUUGCAUUCGCCAGCAUUGCUUGGGCGGCCGCUCCCUCAUGGACCAAGGCAAAACGACAAGAUGCCAGUGGACAACACGUUUAUGAGAUAUUGGGCCGAUUUGAUCUUACUAUGUGGCAAGGCAUUAAAAAGUUUUUUGGCUACGUCUCGGAAAUAGCUCACCAAACCCUCAGCCUAGACCAAAAAGAGAAAUCUUCCUUUGUGUGGAUUCGGGUGCUCUUUUCCUACACCAUUGCCGUUCUUCAUCGCACUAUGUUGUCCGCUCGCCUGUCGGACAAUCAAAUGGAUUAUGUACUUGGAGCCAAUGAUCAGGAAACCGAAUCUGUGUCUAAGGCGGAGCUGGAAAGUCUUGUAGAACGAAUCAAGUUUGCGCACUUGGCCUAUCCCUUUCACAGAGACCACAAUAAGUUGGAGGAACGUCUGCAGGAAAAGGGAUUCUUGCUCAUCCAGCAUGAUCCCAUUACGUCUCCAGGAAAGGUGGCACACUACAUUGCCAUUCAUCAGCAACAAAAACGACUCCUUAUCGUACCCAGAGGGACCAGUGCAUUUUCUGACUUGCUCACUGAUGCCGCUGGAUACACUGUUGAGCAAGAACUGUCACGGUGUGAUGAUGCACCCGUACUGGAAGGAUUGGAGAGAAUUUGGUCUCACGAGGGCAUCUUGACUGCAGCCAAUCGACUAUCAAACGAUACUAUUGAACUAGUCCGACGUUACGUGACUGAGGAUGGAUACAAACUUGAGCUUGUUGGACAUUCGCUGGGAGCCUCAGUGGCUACCUUGAUGGGUGCCAUGUUCCUGGCCCAAAUACCUGCCCUGCGAGAUCCCAGCAACCUCCAUAUUUGGGCUUAUGCACCACCUCCUUGUCUCAAUCAAGAAGCAUCUGAUGCUCUAGAGCCCUUCAUUUCCACCAUUGUUUGGAAUGAUGACAUUAUCCCCACUCUCAGCAUUGCCAGCAUUACCUUCACAUCCACAAUCAUGGCACAUUUGGACGAACAAGUACGGAUCAAUCGGGGCAAGUUUGCCCUGCUGACAGCCAUCUUUGCAGCUGCUGCCACCAUGUUGGGAUUCCGAAAAGCACCAAUUGCCAUUCCAGAGCAACGAUUGGAUGACAUGGCGGAGUAUUCGCUGAAAUACACCCAAUCCCUACAUGCUGAAUGGCGCAAUGACACCGCAACCUACCCUCCUAAGAUUUAUGCACCUGGCAAGGUGAUGUAUCUAUGGGAACGGCGCCAUUUGAAUAAGUCCACAGGGGAAGUCAAUGGUGUAAUGGCGCAAGGGAGUUCCUUUCUCCAUUUGCAGCUUGUAAUUCCAACAAAAGAUAGUAUUGCCAGCCAUUUUCCAGGUUCCUAUGAACAGGGAAUGCAACGACUCCUUUCUCAAAUGGGAGACAAAACUGAACACCGCAGGAGCAUCUUUCUUCGGCUAGGCAAUUGAAAGCUCUUCCAUUGGCUUGAUGCCCAGGCACAGUUGGAAUACCAACCUCCCAGCUGCUCCCAUUAUGUUGAAUCUUUAGAAGGCAGCAAUGACCCUCAAUGCUCAAAUCCAAUAAGACACACAGUAUUUGUACAUUUUCUCAAUACUACUCCAUAGAAGUAUCCUCCAUUUUCUAAGCAUGCCAAUUCACUUCUAGCCAUCAACCCACAUACCCACAUACCAAAUGGCUCUUCAAUAAAGCAAGCAUAUUUUCUGAGGUUGGGCACCAACACCCGAACAACAUAACAACAAACUGGCGCUUUUGGUCGACAACAAGGAAGAUCCCUACAAGAAAUGUGGUCAGAUAGCUAGCAAGUGCUGAUGCUACCCUCUCCUCCCCUUUCGCCCGUAUAUUUAUUCUGGAAGUUCCCUCUUGUUGGUGACCUUCCCCCUUUUAAAAUAUCUUGCCUGGGUUGGGUUUUAAACUUUCCCGGCUGAGGGGGCCAACUCUCUCCGCCCCAAUGUUCGUGGGGGUUAUCGGUUUAGGGUAACGGCACAGUGGACAGUCGUACUCAGAGUAGCCUUUUAAAAAAUAGUAUU